AUAGAAAAAAAAAAAAUCGAAAAAUCAUUAACACAAACACACACAAACACGUUGUGUUUACGUGGCGCCACGUGUUGGUUUCCUCCAGUUUUCCUUGUUUGUUUGUCAUCAAGUAUUAUUGUUAUUAUUGUUAUUAAUGUUUUUAUUUAUAUUGAGAAAAAAUACACUAAAUACAGCUGUUUCUAUGCUGAUAAUUUUAAUUUUGUACACAUUAUAAAGUGUAAUUAGAAUUUAUAAAUUGCAACUAAUUUUUUUUAGUGAUUUAUUUGUACAAAUAGUGAUUGUAAUAUAUUUUAUUUAUUUAUUAAUAAUAAAUAAUAAGUUAUGAAAAAUACCAAGGUUAAGGCUAUCAUGAUGUUACCAUUAAAACUGAAAGGUUUUUUAUCUUAUUUUAGAAAAUUAUCUUUUAAAUUUAAUUAAAGAGUAAAGACAUACUGAUACAACGAAUAUGUAAUUACAAAUUACAAAAAGAAAAAAAUAAUAAUAAAAUGUCGUCAAGAUCAGAUAUAAAAUAUGAAAUUGCAAGAAAUGAUCAAGAUGAUCAAAAUACAAUUGAUUAUUAUCUUCAUCAUUCCCAGGAUUAUCAAACAACUAAAAAAAUUGAAAAAUCAAUUUUUUAUACAUUAUCAAAAUCAUUAAUUAUUAUACUUAUUUAUUUUAUUUUAUCUGUUGGUCUUACUUUUUAUAAUCAAUGGCUUUACAAUGACUAUAACUUUAAAUAUCCACUUACAGUCAGUACUUGUCAUUUGCUAGUCAAAUUUAUACUAUCAUCAUUAAUAAGAAAUUUAAGAAAAUGUCGUGAAGGCCAUCAACAAAAACGAGUACCAUGGUAUUCAAUAUUAUCUGUACUAGCACCACCUGGUAUUGCAAGUGGUUUUGAUAUUGGAUUAUCAAACUGGGCACAAUCUCUCAUAACUCUAUCACUUUAUACUAUGACAAAAUCUACAACAAUCAUCUUUAUUCUUGGAUUUUCUCUAAUCUUUAAAUUAGAAAAAAAAUCAUGGUCACUUGGAAGUGUUGUCAUCCUGAUAUCAUGUGGUCUUUUAAUGUUUACAUACAAAUCAACACAAUUUCAAACAUUUGGAUUUAUAUUAUGUUUAUUUGCAUCAUUUACAAGUGGCAUUAGAUGGACAAUGACACAAUUAAUUAUGACAAAAACAAAACUUGGACUAAAUAAUCCAGUUGAUAUGAUGUAUCACAUGCAACCAUGGAUGUUAUUUGCAAUUAUUCCAAUAGCAUUAUGGUUUGAGGCUGAUGUUGUGUAUAAUUUAUUUAAUACAGUUGAUACGAAUAAAUUAGAUGGACCUAUUAAAACAACAACAGCUGUAUUAUUUGGUGCAAUUAUUGCAUUUAAUAUGGAAAUUAUGGAAUAUCUUGUUAUUUCAAAUACAUCUAGUCUAACAUUAUCAAUAUCUGGUAUAGUAAAGGAAAUAUGUACCUUGAUAUUGGCUCACAUAUACAGAGGUGAUAUCAUGACUGGUAUUAAUUUUGUGGGUUUAUUAAUGUGCCUUAGUGGUAUUAUCGUACAUAUUAUACAAAAAAUAAUAUUUACUAAAAAAAAAUUAAAUGAAAAUCUUGAAUUACAUUCCAAUUCUAUAACGUCCAAUGGUACUAUAACAGAUUAUAGUAUUGAAACAAAUGUUCCACUUUUAAACGAUCAAUCAACAUCACUUAAAAAUUUAUUAGCUUCAAAUUUUAGCUCUGAUGACGAUGAUAAUGAUAAUGAUGACAGUGAUGACAAAGAUAAUACCUCAAAUGUACUGUUUAAUAUAUUACAACGACGAGAACAGUCAUAGAAUUUAUUUAUUUUUUUUUUUUCAUACUUUUUAUAUGAAAUAUGGAUUUUAUUCUUUAAUUUUUUUUUAAUUUUAUUUUCAAAUAUUACCUCUGAGAAACCAAUUUCUAAUCAUCUUCCAGGAUAGGAUAUUAUUAUUUUUUGCUUUUUUCAUAUUCUUCCAAUAUUGUUAUUAAAUUAUUAGGGAAUUUUAAAUAAUUCAAGUCCAGAUAAUACACUAGAAUUUUUAAUGAAGCCAUAGAAAAACUAUUCAGUCAAUAAUCGACAAGUUUUUUGUUUUUUAAAUAUAGUAACAUUUAAUAUUUCAUAAUUUUUUUUAAGUAAAGUUUAAAUUAAAGUUUAAUCAAGUUCAUAAAAUGAAAAAAAAAUUUUUUAAAUUAUAUAAAUUUUAUUAGUAAAUACGUACUAUUCAAGUAUUUAAAUUUUUAUCAAUUUUAUGAAGAAAAUAUUUACUGUUAUUCCAAAAAUAAAAAAUAAAAACUAAACAAAUUAUUAUAAAUAAAUAAAAACAAAAUGAAAGUAUACGUGAAGAUUAAUUUUAAGCAUAAUUUAAUUAUUUUUUUUAUUUGUUUUGUGCACAAUAUUAUGUUUAAAAUAAAAAUUAUUUCACUAUUUUGUCGUUUUUUAAUUUUACAGUUUAUUAAUGCCAAAUUUAAAAUUUGGACAGUUAUAUGUCAUGACGUUAUGACUAAUAAUUGAUAAUGAUAAAUAAAAUAGAAAAAAAAAAAAAUCAUUCCACAUACUGUGAUGCAUUUAAAUAUUAAAAAAUCAUGUAAAAUCAUUUUUUUUUUUUUUUUUUAUCAAAGCAUUUUUCAACGAGUUAUAAUAAAUAUUAUAAGAAUGUAUAAUUUUUUUUUUUUUUUUGCAUACAAGUCAUAAAUAUAUGAAGCAAAAAUUGAUAAAUAAAUUUCUAUCUAAAUUUAAUUUAAUAAAUAAAACUUAAUUCCAGUCUUAUUUUAUUUGCCUGUUUUGAUUAGUCUUCUUGAGUUUGGCUUCGAUUCUAU